AUGCUUUUUGUAAAGAACUUGCGUCAAGUUCCACUCACCCAGCUCUAUGAGGCCGCGCAGUUGGAAGAAAAACUUGCCAACAAGCGCUUGAAAGCGGAGUCAAUUCGCAAGUCCAAAUCCCUCAGAAACUUGUCACACACCAGUCACUUCGAAAAUGUUUCUAUCCCGACCGCCUCGGAUCGCCAAUGCAAACGCGCAAAACUUAAGCCUAGUGCUCUAAGUCAUCCGACCCUAUCUGGAGCCACGCUUGAACGAGAUAAGAUGUCCUCUUCGUCCAGCUAUGAUCGCCUUUCCUCUGGGGAAGUUAAUAGCCCUGGCUCUGGUACCGAAUCAUCAAGCUCGGCACCGUCGAAGUUGGUUGAAAAUCUACCAGAUCCUCCUAGUGGAUUCCCUCGAAAGGGUGUGAUGGAGAUUCUCCAAGAGGAGUCUGCUUCGUCGUCUUCGAAAACGCGUCGUAUUUGUGGCGGCCUUACCAAGCCAUUGACUUCUCAUUCGCUUAGUCACUCUGUUAAUUUACUAGCCAAUUCGCAUUCCCAGUCCUAUCCAUCGAGCCCUGUUUCUCCACCCAUUUGUGAUCAAAAAGAAUCCGCUUGCGUGACGCCCAACGGUCAAUCCACACGAAAGAAAAUAUCCGUUCGAACCAUGCAGUCUGAGCACGUUGAGAUACCCCGCAUCUGCCCCGCCAAACCAGCGUCCAGAGAGUCUCAAGUGCAUGCUCGCAUGAGAUCCCAAUUCGAGCCAUGCAAUUCACAUUCAAUGUCUUUCAAACGACAUCACAUAGUUCGUAAACCUCCUCAUUCUGUUGAAUCAGUUGAAACAGUUGAUUUAGUUUCUAACCCCACUCCAAAUGCGGAUACUCAAUCUCCUCACGGUUAUAUUCCUUCUGAUGAAUCGGCUGCAACUCUAUUUCAUUUGGAUCAAGAGAGCCGGGUGCCGAUGGGACGCUCGCAUUUGAUGAGGCCAAACCGUAUUCUAAGAAACGGUUCUAAAAGUAAUCUGUUUGAUUACACCAAUCCGGCGACGACAGAGAAGUCCUGGAAUGCUUCGGAUUUUUCAAAGGGUUCUGAUGCCUGGCAGCGAAGUUCGCACUUAUCAAUGGCGGGCGCAAAUUGCUACGGGACCUUUGUAGACUUUGAACCGAUGUAUUCUCAGCAGACUGAGAAACGAGCAAUCAAUUCAAGCUUUGCAAUGUUCAACCAAGGCUUGAGAAACUCCCCUGAUCGUUCAAUGGUUCAGUCCCGCUGUGAGCUUGAUAGAUUAAAGGAGUUUACCUCGGAGAGCAUGCAUCGGCAAGGCUUGCAAAAUGAUACUGUGAUAAAUUUGCUUACUCAUUGUGGAUGCAUUGAGAUGGGUGACCUGCGUUGCAAAAACUCGAUUCUCUGUACAACCCAUACGUUUGAAGAAAAGCGACGGGUGUCUCGAUCGCGGGACUUAAAGGUCUUACUUCACGAGGCGCGACAACAACAGCAUUUAAUGCGGCUUCAUGAAGCGUCUGUACCCACCAAAAUUCGAAGAGUCUCUUCGUCAAUAGGAUCUCCUACACUUCCCUCCACCUCCGCUACUGCUGCUUCAAUGAUGGCAUCGACGCCCAGGGGUGGUCUGACUUCGUCCACACCUUCCGUUCAGAGAUUGCUGACAAACUCCAACGCGUCGAUGCCACCAAGACGUGUGCCUAUGAAUGGAAUUACCACUACAGCUGUAGAGAGCCAGUCGUUGGCAGGCCUACCACAGCAGCAACAACCAACUAUCCUGCAUCGUCGUGUGCACCAUCCCUCUAGUUUGCUUCGACGUAACCAACAAAUGUGGGGCCAAGAGAAGUCCUCCUCCAGCUUUUCUGCUGCGAAUACAAAUCCGGCUGCGUUUUACACCGCUUCUAGUUCUUCAGCCGCUACAUCACUUCUUCCUCCGCCCCCAACUUCGGUUGUAGCGAAAGUGGCUCGAGACGCAGGUCACAUUGGUGGUAUUUCAGAGGUUCAGAGUCGUGUCGUCGUUAAUGAUGAGCGGGAGAAGUCCAUCACGGGUCGAUCACGGAAGUCGUCCCGGAGUGGAAUGCGACAGUCUGCUUCCUCGGUACACAGUCCAUACAUUCAACACCUCACUGCAGCAUCAAAUCGUGCUAACUCCACUGCGGUGCUCCUCCGAACCUCAACAGCCAAUCAGAUUGCGGCGAAACUGCGAAGUGCUGCUGCUGCUGCAAGAGAUCCUGCCACCACUGCUACAUGGAUGGGCUACAACCGUGUCGCAAGUACCUCCGAUCUUCAAUUAAGUGUGCCCGCCUCCUCUACGGUCGCUGCUUCCCGGCAUUCCAAUUCCACUGCUCCCGCCACUGGUCCUACCACUAUGGCAAAUCCUCAUGCGUUCGGCUCGAACCGGCUGAUUUUUAUCGGAUCCAAGUCAUUAAAAAAGUCCGGCUCUGGGAACCGCCUAACAGUGGUUCCUGGUCUAAACAUAAUCCAGGCACCCCGUCACCACCAGCAGCGGUCUCAGACAUCGCCAGCUCCUCUUAUUGGUUCCACUUCCAUGCAUUUGGAGACGCCACGCGAGAUUAUUAUUGACGCGGCGGAAGAGGACGAUGGUGUUGGGAUUGAUGGUGAUGUUGAAUCGGUGGAGGCGGCGGCUGAGUUGGAAGCUGCGGUUGCGGCAUCAGCAAUCGCCUCUGCAUCGAAUAACGUCGACUCCAUCGAUCAUCACCAACAAUUUUCUCGCACUACUGGUGGUAGCACUCAUCAUAAAACAAAUCUGCGAUCGUCACUUUGUAGUGUGCCUGCUGGGGUUUGUCUUAAUGAUUUUGAUCUCUCCUAUCUCUCUAAAAACAUUCACCUUUAA